UGGCCGCAUGCAUAGGUAAUAUGAUUGUUUUCUGUUUUUUUAAUGUUUAAAUAGUUAAAUUAGCUAACCUUACCUUCUUUUGCAUUAUUUUUUUACCAAAUAACUUUAAAAAUAAUUAAAUAGGUUUGUAUCGAAGAUAUCUUUGAUUUUCGUUUAUGACAGUUCUAUUAUGAAGUUUAAUAAAACAAAAUACGUCCAAUAUGGCCGCAUGCAUGGAUAAUAUGAAUGUUAUAAUAAUUAAAUUAGCUUAACUUACGGUUUUAUGGGUGUAUUUUUGAACUUGGCGCCGUGGGUUAAACCAGCGGCCGUCCAACAGGUAAAACGAGUCACCUGUUGGGAACUUUCGUUUCAUUAACUGUUUUUAUUUACUGGCCAGUGAAAUAGUCAAACGACAAAAUUUUUGAUGGAAACAUGAACUCGACGAGGUCAAUGUACACAGUCGGCGAAAAUCCACGUAAAAUAAUGUAAACAUUGAGAUAAAAUGGCAUUUCUAUGCCCAGUGCGUAUACGGCGAGGCAAAAAGAAAAAAGCCUCUAGUGUAGAUCUUGAAAAAGAAUUGAACAGAUCCAACAAUGGGGUUACCCCAGGAAUGGGUCGUAUUACAGGCUCAGCCAGCAUUGAAACUCUCGUUAGAGUUGGAAUUGAGAAGGAGCAUGGCUUAUCACCUGACAGUAAAAUGGUGGUUUUACACGAUUUUACGCCUUGUGUUGAUGAUGAACUUGAAGUUAAAAGAGGACAGAUUGUUAAUAUUUUGUAUCGUGAGAACGACUGGGUGUACGUUAUAGGUUUAGACACAAGACAGGAAGGUUUUAUACCUUACUCGUACUGCACUCCAUACAAUAAUCACUUAGCCGAAAUGGCUAUAAAGAAAAAACUCCCCAGGGAGGCGCAUUUGGCCUCUGGAGACAGCUCCGAUACAAAUCACGAAUGUGAUGCCGCAGGUGUGGAUACGAGCGAUUGCGAUUCCCUCGGUAAAAAACACGGAACCGGAGCGGCCUCUCCAAUCAGUAUUCACUCCGAACCCGAUAUGUCCCCAUUUUCAAAAGACCCUUCGGGGCGCUACAUAGUUUUAUACACUUUUAUCGCCAGAGACGAGAACGACGUUUCCGUCGAAAGGGGCGAGUUUGUUACAGUUUUAAACAGGGAGGAUCCUGAUUGGUAUUGGAUAGUAAGGAGUGAUGGACAGGAAGGAUUUAUACCAUCAGGAUUUGUAUAUCCUGCUGAUAAUGUGAUACAAGGUCAUUUGAACCCCACGUCCCAAAACUGUGGCCCCAACUUUCCGAAUCAAACGAACCCUCAUGCUUUAACAAAUUCCAGCGCUGAUGACCUAAGGUACCACGGUACGGAGCUGGUGAUGCUUUACGACUACAAAGCACAGGCACCGGACGAUUUAACUGUACGUAGAGGUGAUUGGAUUUAUGCCGACUUAAAUAACCAGACUGUGGACGGUUGGUUGUGGGCGUACGCCCCAAAAAACGCGAAAGUACGGCUUUAUUCCCAAAGCUUACGCUAGACCGCCUGCAAUGACAAGUCUUUAAGUUUUUUGCCAUGCCGCGCUCAAAAUUAGGUUUAUAUUUGAUAGUUUUCAUAUAUUUUUUGUAAAAAGUAUUUUAUGCCAAAUAAAUUUUCAUAUUUUAACAA